AUGCUUCUCGACAUACUCAUAUUCAGCUACCAUAUCGAAGACUAUAACCUACAGCAAGGACUACAAGAAUGCAGGCCUCCCUUACUCAUCAAAGGCAUCCAUGCUGAACGCGCAAGUCUCCUCUCUACGCGCGAGUUGCACAUUGUACACAAGUACUCUGAGGCUGUCAACAACGUCUGCGAAAACGUCGCAAGGAAUUGCCAAAGCCUGCUAAGUGACUAUGACCGCGCCUUCAUCGUCAGCUUCGUCAUGCAACCGGCACGGCAACUCGGAAUUGAUCCGGCAUACCUCCUCGAACAGCUGCUCGCCUUCCGAAUACACAUGUGUCGGGUGGAGAAUCGGAAGAAGACAUUGCUACAUGCCAAGAGCACUUCUCUCUGGACGCGCGGGCUUAUCCUACUACACAGCAAAUGGACACUUGGAAAGAGCCAGAGGUUGCUUGCCUGUCGACUGGUAUCAGAUGACAUAGCGGUCACACAACUCGGAGAACGAAUAUGCGAAAGGCUUCGUCUAGUCCUCGGCCAAGCUAUCAAGGACUUCAGCGAGAAACAUUGCAAGUUUGGAAUGGGCAACGUCAAGCGAGAAGUCUACGCCGACUCUGUCCCCACAGCGCUGGUCCACGAGCUCAACUCCUGGGAAGCCUCCUACCGAAAGAAGAACAGGAUUAUCAGAGAAAGAACACAGCGUAUGAUCGCGCCACCAGACUCUGAACUCCCGCGUCGUAAUAGCCCAAUCGUCGAACGCGCAAAGUCCACUCGCAACCUUUACAGCAUAUACGAGCAUGACGAGGUUCCUCAGCGACCACGGUCUUUCGAUAGAUGA